AAAAGUUGCACAUUACAUUUUGCUGUUGGUUUCUACUGUAUCAACUGCUUCUGACAUGAACUGGUGACAACACAAACAUCUGAGUAAUGUAAUCUAGCUGUUCGUUAACGUGUUGUCGAUGUGCUUCGCUUUAGAAUGGCCUCAAUCAUUUAAAAUCAGUCCUGCAUAUAGUUUAUGAGAUUAUCUCUUGUUUACUCAACAAUAAGACACACUCCAGCACAGGUAAGCUAGUUAGCUAGCUAAGGUAGGCAUAAUUUAUGUCACUAGGCGAGCGCCUUUGGGCUUCAAUGAAAACUGAAGAUCCAGGAGAAAAGUUGUGAGGAGACAUCAACAGGUUGUGCGAGGAUGGACUUUGUCAAAACGGUCCUGGUGACUGGAGGGGCAGGUUUCAUUGGGUCCCAUUUUGUCUGCUCCCUCGUCAACAGGCACCCAGAUUGGCGUAUCAUCAACUUUGACAAUCUGGACUACUGUUCCAAUCUCAGGAACCUGGAGUCUGUAGAGGAGAAUGAGAACUACACCUUUAUCAGGGGGGAUAUAUGCAAUCCACGCUUGGUAAACCACAUCUUUGCAACAGAAAGCAUCGACAUUGUCUUUCACUUUGCGGCUCAAACACAUGUUGAGACGUCCUUUGUAUGGCCGUCCAGAUACCACAUGGUGAACGUGGAGGGGACAAGGGUGCUACUGAAAGCAGCUUUUGAGGCCAAGGUGGAGAAGUUUAUUUACAUUAGUACAGAUGAGGUGUAUGGAGAGAGUCUGUAUAAGGAAUUAGAUGAAACCAGCCCAAGAAGACCCAACAACCCAUACUCGGUGUCUAAAGCAGCUGCUGAGUGUCUUGUAUUGUCCUACAGGGAGAGACACAAGUUUCCUGUUAUAAUAACCAGGAGCAAUAAUGUAUAUGGACCCAGACAGUACUUGGAGAAGGUCAUUCCAAAAUUCGUGUCCUUCCUUCAGCUGAACAAAAAAUGUACCAUCCAAGGGACCAGCCCCCAAUCUCGCCACUUCCUGUACGUGGAUGAUGCCAUUGAAGCAUUCCACACCAUCCUGGAGACGGGGACAGUGGGAGAAACCUACAACAUCGGGACCGACUUCGAGAUAUCCAUCAUUCAACUAGCCAGAGAACUUAUCAAAAUGGUCAGGCAUGUACCUGAUGCAGAACUGGAUGACUGGCUGGAGUUUGUGCCUGACCGGCCAGUGGUUGACCUCAGGUACCCUGUGAACUGUGAGAAGCUGUGGAGGCUAGGCUGGAAGCCUGCAGUGUCAUGGGCAGAGGGCAUCAGAAGGACAGUCAAAUGGUACCAAGAGAAUCCAGACUUCUGGCCAGAUGUCAAACCAAUUACCUUUGAGCCCGAUACCAGAGACCAAUAAGCACAGAUCCUCUUCCUGUAUUCGUGGUCACCAACCCUGUUCCUGGAGAGCUACAGGGGGUGCUGGCUUUUGUUCCAGCCCUGUAUUAACACAUCUGGUUCAAUUGAUUAAUCUUACUUAGGGUUGUUGACCUCCACUAGUCAAACCAGCAUCUCAAUCACUGUGGGUGUGCAAGGGAACACUUAUUUUUGUAAAUGAUUUACUAAUGAAGGUGGAAUGGAAUGUAUUUAUCAUAGUCAAUAAAUAACUUCAUAGCGCAGGCUUGAAUGUUAAACUCUG